AUGGAUGACGACAGCCGCAUGAGUGAGACGUCAAGCGUGCGUAAUCGUGGACAGCGACGCGCAUCAUCGACGAUAGGAGAUCUGGACGGCGCCGGCGACGUGUCCACACCAUCAGGGUCGCAUAUCCGACCGCAACUGCGCUGCAACGCGUGCUGGGAGCCGAUCCUGCCCGACGCGCAGUCUGCUGAGACGUGCUACCGUACAAGCUGUGGACAUUUGUUCUGUGAGAAAUGCGCGUACAAACACUUUGGACAGGGAAGAUUAGAGUGUCCUGCCUGUCGCGUCGACUUGAGUCAAGCGCGUAGAGGAAUCUCUGAAACAACGAUUCAUGGUAUAGCGGACGCCAAGAGGACAGAGGCCAUUUGGGAAGAGAUGAUGGCGGAUCCAUCAUCAUGCUUUGAACACUUCCAGCAAGCACUAGACUUUAUCUUGUUUCAGCUAGCGCAAGAUUCAUACAGACAGGAAGAAACUCGACGCCAACAAGCGGAAGAACAGAAGACUUUUCAGAUUCAGCAUGGAGAAAAGUACAUUCAGCUGAAAAGUUACACUGACCAGCUUGAAGCGGAGUUACGUGAAACAAAGGCAAAGAUGCAAGCUUUGACAACCUCAAACGAUGAGCUUCGCGAGGCAUACAAGGAGAAGUCAAGGAAAUGCAGGAACUGGGAAAAAAUGUGCAAGACACUAAAAUCUCAAUCAAGUAAUGUCCGACAAUUCCCGUCCCCCACCCGUUCAACAAUGGGGAUGAUGCAUCAAGGCGAAGGCGGUGCACUCGUCACUCAAGCCAGCCAAUUUAGCCGUCCUUCAAUGAGACCGAUGGCUAGGCCAUACAUGGGCGAUACAUCCAACUCGUCGACCUCGCGGAAUCCAAUGAUGAGCAUGGGAAGACCAGAAACGCCACGUGCAAUUCAAAGACCGAAUAUCGGCAUGUUCGAUCGAUUUUCAAGACCUCAGAUCGGUGGAUCUUCACGCUCUUCUGUUCAGCCAAUGGGGGGGAUCGAGAGCUCAGAUCAUGCGACCGAAAACCCCGCUGCACGCCUCGCAGCGAGUCGGAUUCCUUUCAAAAAGGCCUACUUUCCGAAUGUAAACGGAUCAGCGGAUAAGAUGCCGGGUCAUCAAAGCUGUUUAGUGCAUUCAUUCGUAAGCUUAGUUUGCGCAGCAUAG